CACGCAUGUGUUGUAUUGCUGCAGCGACGUGCAUCAGAUCCGCUUUCACACAUUUAGCAGUUCUACUGGACCCGGACAGAUCGCCUUCAUCUCUUGCAUUUAUUUCCAGAAACCUGCAGUAAUAGAGCAGGCAGCUCGUGCGUGCUUUGUUGUUUUGUGAGGGCUUGAAUCGCAUCGCAGCAGCGGCUCUGAGACGCGAAAGCCAACGCGAUCUGCUAUGUGUCACAGCGAAGAAAUGCAGUAAAGAAAGGGGACGAGCAAGAUGGUGAUCGUGGCUGCUUUUCAUUUUUCCUCUAAAUGCUUGAAUGCGAUGGCCAUCCCCGCGAUCACGCCCAAGCUCUUUCUGUGGGCUUUUCUAAUCGCCCAUCUUCCUUUGAGCUCUGUCCAGCUGGAAAGUGAUGAUGAUGAAGUGGCGAACAAAACGUGGGUUCUGACCCCCAAAGUGUACGAGAGCGACGUCACACAUAUUUUGAACAGCUUACUAGACGGCUACGAUAACAAGCUGCGGCCAGACAUCGGAGUCAAACCAACGGUGAUCCACACUGACAUGUUUGUCAACAGCAUUGGUCCAGUUAAUGCCAUCAACAUGGAGUACACGAUUGACAUCUUCUUCGCCCAGACGUGGUAUGACAGGCGGCUGAAGUUCAACAGCAGCAUGAAGGUUCUGCGUCUCAACAGCAACAUGGUGGGAAAAAUCUGGAUCCCUGACACGUUUUUCCGCAACUCUAAGAAAGCAGAUGCCCACUGGAUCACCACACCUAAUCGCAUGCUUCGGAUAUGGAACGACGGGCGUAUACUGUACACUUUAAGGUUGACCAUUGAUGCAGAGUGCCAGCUUAAACUGAAUAACUUUCCGAUGGAUGAACAUUCAUGUCCCCUGGAGUUCUCAAGCUAUGGCUACCCCAAGGAGGAGAUUGUAUACAAGUGGAAACGCAGCUCAGUGGAGGUUGGAGACAUCCGCUCCUGGCGUCUUUACCAGUUCUCCUUUGUUGGCCUGAGAAAUACCACAGAGGUUGUCAGGACUGUGUCAGAUGGCUACCCCAAGGAGGAGAUUGUAUACAAGUGGAAACGCAGCUCAGUGGAGGUUGGAGACAUCCGCUCCUGGCGUCUUUACCAGUUCUCCUUUGUUGGCCUGAGAAAUACCACAGAGGUUGUCAGGACUGUGUCAGAUGGCUACCCCAAGGAGGAGAUUGUAUACAAGUGGAAACGCAGCUCAGUGGAGGUUGGAGACAUCCGCUCCUGGCGUCUUUACCAGUUCUCCUUUGUUGGCCUGAGAAAUACCACAGAGGUUGUCAGGACUGUGUCAGGGGACUCUCCCCUCCGUUGA